CCCACAUGCACCGAAAACAUGGCGGCGCCCACGGUCGCAGCGCAAGUCGUAGCGCAAGUCGUUCCAGCCAAAAAACCAACCGUACGAGCACCACGGCGGGUGGCCAAUCAAAUUCCUGAUGAAAUCCUGCAAGACCCAGAGUUACAGGAGGCUAUCCUCGCUUUGCCAUCAAAUUACAACUUUGAGAUCCACAAGACAGUCUGGCGGGUGAGACAGGCCACGUCUAAGAGAGUGGCCUUGCAGCUACCGGAGGGCCUGCAGAUGUUUGCCUGUGUCAUCGCUGACAUCAUUGAGAGGUUCACAGAGGCAGACACCAUUGUGAUGGGGGAUGUGACGUACGGAGCCUGCUGCGUGGACGACUUCACGGCUCGUGCCCUGGGGGCAGACUUCAUGGUGCACUAUGGCCACAGCUGCCUCAUCCCUAUAGACUCUACAGCAGGCAUUAAGAUGCUGUACGUAUUUGUGGAUAUCCAGAUGGACAACGCACACUUUCUGGACACGAUCAAGUUCAACUUCCCCCCUGGACACACUCUGGCACUCGUCAGCACUAUCCAGUUUGUGGCUGCACUGCAGGCGGUGAGUGCAGCUCUGAGGCCAGAGUAUGAGGUGGUGGUUCCCCAGUGUCGUCCCCUGUCCCCUGGAGAGAUCCUAGGGUGCACCUCCCCCCGCCUCGACCGAAAUGUCAACGCCAUCAUCUACCUGGGAGAUGGCAGGUUCCACCUGGAGUCCAUCAUGAUUGCCAACCCAGAGAUACCUGCAUACAGGUACGACCCGUACAGUAAGAUAUUCUCCAGGGAGUACUAUGACCAUGAAGCCAUGCGGUCCAUCCGGCUCCAGGCCAUCGAAAAGGCUCGCUCUGCCCAGAGAUGGGGCCUGAUUCUGGGCACACUGGGACGGCAGGGCAACCCUAAGGUCAUGGAGCACCUGGAAUCCAAGCUCGAGUCUCUUGGCAAGUCCUUCACUCGAGUGCUGCUGUCUGAGAUUUUCCCCAGCAAGCUGGACCUGAUGGCAGAAGUGGAUGCGUGGGUCCAGAUCGCUUGCCCGCGUCUCUCCAUUGAUUGGGGCACAGCCUUCUCCAAACCCCUGCUUUCUCCCUAUGAGGCAGCUGUGGCUCUGCAGCAGGUGGGUUGGCAGGAGGUGUACCCCAUGGACUUCUACUCCAAUCAGAGCCUGGGGCCAUGGGCGCCCAACCACCCCGACAACCAACCAGCUCGGGCCACCCGCAAACAGACACAGAAGACUGGCUCACAGCUUGCCUGUCCCUCCACUCCCUCACAGCAGUCUAAACAGUGUGGACAGAACCAGUGCGCCCCUUGUGGCUGUCAGGGAGAAUGAAAGCCCACCUACAGGAGGGCUUUCACUCUGAGCCCUGCUCAACACCUCACCUCCCCCAGGAGACAGAGAGCAGCACAGAGAACCAGAGACACUUCACCUCAGAUACCCCUCCAUUGUAUUUACAGUCCAGUUGUCCUGAUGUAAUGGACUAUACUGCAUCUAAGUUUUGUUAUGUUUUGUGAGUGUGUAUGUGUUGAGCACAGAGAAACGGAGGCAAGGUGUGUAUGUGAGAGAAAGGGAAGGUAUGUGUGAGAGAGAGAGAGAGAGAGAGAGAGGGGGAGGAGAAUGAUAUAAUUAGUUGGUGUGUGUGGGUAAGAAAGAGAGAGGAAUACAGACGGAUGGCCCUGAGUUGGUUGUGUGAGAUGCCAGUGGAUGUGGGUGGCUUUGGUUAAAUACAAGCCACUUAUCCCUGGAACAGGAGGAAGCUGCCAACCAUUUUACACUGUUAACCCACAGACUCUAUUGAAGAAGAGAAUGCAUAUAUUAUCAAAAGAUGAGACAUGCUGUUUCUCUCCAUUUCAAGCUUGUUUUCUUUCUAUUAUAUGUAUAAGAAAUACUUUGUAACAAUGAAGAGAUUACAAAUUCAAUCAGACAUUCAUGUUAACUUCACCACCCUCUUCAUACGGUUCUUGUCACUACAAUUACUCAUAUUUAAAUCUCCCAACUAAUAAUCAACAUAAAACUAUGCUGAAAUGACGGAAUGUAUGUAUUGCAUUUGUCAAGUUUAUCAAUAAAAAUAUAUAUAAUAACAUGA